AUGGUAUUGAGCAUCAAUCCCUCAUGUGCUCCGCCAAACUACGAGCAAGCCCACAGUGCUCAAGACCUGCAAUUACCAAUUCCUGUGAAACGGAAAAGUUCCGUUUUGGCAGAUGUGUCACGAACUUUUGCAAGAAUGUCUAAGGAUGUCGGAAAACCUUUUGCCGAUGAUUCACCUCGCAAGGAAGAUGAGGAAGGUACCGGAGAGCAGAUCCAACACUCCGUUCGAGUUUUCUGCGAGCAGACUACAUUUCAUGGAGUUAACAUGAUCUUUACGACUGCUUUAUAUUGGGUACGUCUCCUCUGGAUCAUUGUCAGUUUUGCAUGCAUCGGACUGUGUUUGUACUCGUUUUCACAUAUCAAAGCGAAAUAUGACCGAAGAGAGAAAAUUGUGAACGUAGAGCUCCAAUUCGAGUCCGCGCCAUUUCCAGCUAUAACCGUCUGCAACUUGAAUCCGUUCAAAAAUCAUCUCGCGAGAAGUGUUCCAGAAAUUUCCGAAACGCUCGACGCCUUCCACCAAGCCGUUGUCUAUAGUAAUGACGCAACCAUGGACGAAUUGAAUGGUCGUGGCAAACGAAGCUUAAACGAUGGCCCGUCUUUCAAAUAUCUCCAAUAUGAACCAGUAUACUCCGAUUGUUUGUGUGUGGCCGAAAAACAGGAAUGUAUAGCCCAAACCACUAUACCGAAAAGUCUGGAGAACGCGUGUAUAUGUAAUUACGACCGACAAGAUGGCAGUGCGUGGCCCUGUUAUAGUGCUCAAACAUGGGAAAAGUCGAUAUGUCCGGAAUGCAAUGAUAUUGGAUUUUGUAAUGUGCCGAACACAACGGGAAACGGGAACAUUCCUUGUUAUUGUCAAUUGGCUAUGGGUUAUUGUGUAUUUAUGCCGGAGAGUCGUGUUCGGAGAGUUUGGGAGUUUCAAGGAAAUAAAAUUCCGGAAAAAGGGAGUCCACUCCGACGGGAGUAUUUGGAACAGCUCACACAACUGGGUUACGGUAAUAUGACGGAUCAGGUGGCAAUCACAACACAAGCCAAGGAAAAAAUGAUACUAAAAAUGUCGGGACUCCACCCUCAACGACGAGCUGCACUGGGUUAUGGUAAAUCGGAGCUGAUAAAAAUGUGUUCGUUUGAUGGCCAACAGUGUAAUAUUGAAACUGAAUUCAAAUUAUUCAUCGACUCAUCAUUUGGUAACUGCUAUACCUUCAAUUUUGACCCAAAGAAGAAUCUGACGAGUAGCAGAGCUGGACCAAGUUAUGGACUCCGUCUUAUGCUUUUCGUCAACACUUCUGACUAUCUCCCCACUACGGAAGCCACUGGUGUCCGAUUGGCAAUACACGACAAAACGGAGUGCCCAUUCCCUGACACGUUUGGUUACUCGGCACCUGUCGGAGCUAUAUCAUCUUUUGGUAUCUCUCUGAGAAAAGUGAAUCGUCUGCCAGAUGGGAAUUGUUACAAUGAAGACCGUCCGCCGCAUAACUAUAUUUACAAAGAGUAUAAAUAUGAACCAGAGGUAUGUCAUCCAUGCCAACAGGAUCAGUAUACCACUACAUAUUCAGCUGCGAAAUGGCCGAGUGGAAGUACACAAGCUCAUUGUGACAAUCAGUCGAAGGAUUGUAAUCGGUAUUUACGGGAACAUGCUGCUAUGAUUGAAAUUUAUUACGAACAAAUGAGUUUUGAAGUUCUACGAGAGUCUGAGUCAUACUCUUGGUUCAAUCUUAUGGCUGAUAUGGGUGGUCAAGCUGGACUGUUUUUAGGAGCAAGCAUUAUGAGUGUGAUUGAAUUCCUGUUCUUUGCGGUUCGAACGUUGGGAAUUGCGUGCAAAUCGAGACGGUGGAAACAGAAAAAUGAAUUACUGCGUGCGGAGGAAUUGAAUGAUGCUGAGAAGGGGACUAGCACGAAUAAUAACGCAUGA